AUGAAAGAUUCACAGCCGUCUCCCUCACGUAACCUAGAUCAUGCCGGAAACUCCACAACAACAACCUUUCCUCUCAAACUCAUCUUCGAGAUACUCUCGAGAUUUCCGGCGAAAUCCGUCAUGAGAUUCCAGUUCGUGUCGAAGCAGUGGGGCGCUAUCAUCCGUAGCAAAGAUUUCGCCGACGCGUUUCUGACUCGGUCAAGGACUCGGCCUCGUCUCCUUUUCACCUUUUCACACUUGGAUUCCGGGAAGCGUUUCAUCUUCUCAGCCCCUGAACACGACAAACAGAAAGACGACAAAUCCUCCACAGUUGUCGCCAGACACGACAUGACAGUCUCGGAAUACUGGAACCCCGACACAUCUUCUCCACCCUUCGACAUCACAUCUCCCCCCGUGAACGGCCUGGUGUGUUGCACACGUGGCUCAUCAGUCGCUGUAUGUAAUCCCACCACGAUCUAG